ACCAUCUGAAUACCAACCAGAACAUCAUACGGACGAGUCCUGCUGUCAACAAACAAACACGGACGUGACAGCUGCGAUCGAAACGAAAACUGACGUUUUGUGUGCACGCUUAAACUCAUUCAUAUAUUUGAGUCGUUAGAUGAAAUAAUAAAAAACGCCUAUUGAAAGCGCGCAGGUCCAGUCAGAACGAGUAUAGUAGCCUACGUGGUACCCAAGUUCAGACCGUUGUGGAGACUGCUGGGCGUUAUCGUACCUUCUGUCAUGGUUACCCCGUAAGAGGAUCGUAUUUAAGCCCAACAUCGAUAUUUAAUUGCAUUUGAAACAAUGGGCUCCAGACUCAGCCGUCAUAACAGUCUCGACAACGAUAAUUUUUCACGCCGCCGACGGAAGCAUCUCGACAGCACGGGAGAGAGCGAGCGGAGCGGCAGCCGCGGCAGCGCGGACUUCUUGUUUACAUCGCUGAUGCUCAAGCCGGAUAAGCUGCCGGGGAUGCUGAGAAGGGCAAACCACAGUCCCUAUGUCAGACGAGUCGCCUGGAUCCGAGAGCUCCAGAAGCUCUUGCGGGAGAGGAAAAUAGAAGAGGCGGCGGAUGUACUCAGACUGUUGCGAAAGGAUCUUGGUUUAGAGGGAACGUCCCUAAAUGAUAUCCUCUACAAGAACUCAGCCUUCCUAAAUCUUGUUGACCCCAUAUCUCAUGAGCUGCUGCUCAGCCUGGCCAGAGACAUGCAGUGCCCAAAAAAGGGCACAGAUAUGCUGAAAUCAACGGAUAAAAUCUGCAGACAGCUUAUCUACCACCUGACCCCUCACUCCAAGUGGUUCAGGAAAAGAAUGACCAGGAGAAAAGCCCAGGCCUGUCUUAAAACAUCACUUCAAAAGAAGCUCUGCAGUGACUCGGUGGACCUCUCCGGGAUCCCCCUGUCAACUCGUGACCUACAACAUGUGGUGUAUUACCUCCAGACCAGUGGGGGCGCUGUCAUAUCCGUAGAUCUUAGUUUCACCGAGCUCCGGGAUGAGGGCCUACGUCUACUUCUGCCCUUCCUGGGUACACUGCCCAAACUCACAACACUGGCUCUCAAUGGGAACCGUCUGACCCUUGGCAUCCUAAAAGAUCUGACAGAAUCCAUCAAAGAUUCCAAGAUGUUCACUUGUCUUGCUUGGAUUGACCUGGGCAACAAUGUGGACAUUUUUACCAUGCCACAGCCCCUUCUUGUAGCCCUAAGACGGCGUUGUAGUCUGAAGAGCAGCCUGCCUACAAUCUACGAGUACACGGAAGGUCAACCCUACUGCUACCGCAUGGAGAGCUCCAUUGAAGAACCCAGCCACUAUGAGGAAGAGGAUGAGGAGGACCUGGAACCAUGGAGUAUUGGAGAACAGAAAAGUUCAGCACCAAUGGGACCACCCGAACACAACGAACGGUGAAACACGCUGCUUUCAAACUCUCCGAAAGCUUAACUUACUGUGUUGGCGGGCGAUGUUCCCUGACACAAGGUGGGGUUCAUUGGAAGGGGCCUUUUCUCAUGAAGAACCAGUGAUGGACAGGUAAUGAAAAACUUCGGAUUUCACUUGCUGGGCUGAUGCAUACCAAUGGUGUAUUUGAAGCUCAGAUGACCCAGCGUUUAAUGGAGUAUAGGUUUGCGAUUUUGUAAGGUCCGGUUUGGUUGUAUUUGUCAGUGUUGCAUUGCUGAGGCUGUCUUUGCGGGGACAGACCGGACCUAUCACCAUUCUGUAUGUGCUCCACUAAUCUCGCAACAAAAGCCAUGAAACCAGCACAACAGACUAUCCAGCCGUAAAACUGCUAUGUCGAGACUUUUGCUACCCAAGCCCCCCGCCCCCCUUUUCAAAACGUCCACCCACACAUCACUUGUCGUGUAGAUGUGAAUUAUGAUGAUACAAAGGGGUAACACUGUCGAAUUGCCAGGCGCUGGUUUUGCUGUAUACUAAUGAUGAACGAAGAUGUCGUCUUAUUGAUGUUGUCUUAGAAGACAACAGGUAGAUCGCAACAAGACGGUUACGGAAAGAUAAUGCUCAUAACACGCUUGUUGUCAUUACUUUAGGUCUUUGUGUGCCUCUUAAAAAUACCUCUUAAUAGCGUUUCGCUUUUACAUUUUUUUUAUGAAUGCGAGUUUUAGAGGACAUUUAUUUUAACACAGUACAUUUUCAAAGUAACUUUCAUUGCAUUAGAAGAUUUACAUUUUUAUGGGUGUGUUUACUAGUUUGCGCUGCUAACGCAAUUUUAAUAUUACAUAACAAGUAUUCUAAUAUCUCAUAGCUCAUCAUCUCAUUAAGCCAUGUCCAUUACAUGUAACACUAAAUGUUCUUAACACCAGUUCGUAUCUACCCUUAACGUUAUAAAAUAUUUAAAAUCAUUUUGAGAUCAUUUUGAAACUGUGCUUUGUUGUAAUUUAGUUUUUAAUUUGACACAACACGUUGAAAUGUCUCAGAGUGAAUAAACAUUGUUUUAUGACCUUUGAUAACCUGAGCACUUUGAUAAUACCUGAGUCAGUAUUUUGACUGGGUGUGUGACUCAAAAGGUCAUUGUAGCAGUACCAUCCUGUGUAACAUUAACAUUUUGUCCAUCAUUUUAAAACGCAAGCCGAACAAAAAAGGUACGACACGUCCAUGCUAAAAAUUGAAGCUCAGAUAAUUGAACAGUUACAUGUCAAUGUUAUUUGUGAUAUAAAUACAUAUAGUCAUUUUUAAAUAUGUCAACUAUAUUUGUUUAAUGUUGUAAUCUCAAUGUUGUCUCAAUGUUGUUGUUGACUUUAAUAUAGGCUGUAUUAUAUGUAAUGUGAAAUCCCAAAUAUUGUCACAGGACACAGUCAACAAACGUCAACUGAAUUAGAUGUGAAACUCGUAUUAUGAUCUUUCCAGAAUAUGGAACUAAUUUGGACUGUUUAUCGCUUCACUGGAGUGUCCUAUUGUAAAAAUAGAAAUAUUUGCAUAACUAUUUGCAUUUGUUGUUGUCACCCUGUGUGUAGAUCAUAAUUAUCAGCCAUGUGAUCUGCCUAUACAGGAUGUUUAACCUGCCUAAUAAUUUUCUCUUUACUCAUAUAAACCAAACCAUGAUAGGCUUUCAAUACUCAUAAAGCGUCAAAUCAAUAUUCUCAGAUACAGGUUCCUAAAUGAAGGGCAUCUUAUUUGUCUUGUCGUCUGUGUGUAGAUGUGUAUGACUUUUCCCUGUAUUUGUGCUUCUAAUAUGAUGUAUUCAAAAGUACUUCAUAAGACUGUUCAACAGCACUGUAAUAAAUUUUAAUAUUAAAAUCCA